UUUCGCGUAUUUACGUUUCCUCAUUCCGGUGGGAGUGUUCCUCCGUGAAGUGUCAUCCAGCCCGAGAAAAUGAGUCUCUCUAUUUUCUAGUUGAUUUCGGGAGCAAAAGAAGAUCUAAAAAAUGGAUGUCGGGGAAGCAGAGUCUGAGGCUAUUGCCAGAGCCUCCCUUCUCGUGGCAAAUAUGCUCCAGCGGCCAGACCAGUUGCAAAAGGUUGACCAGUAUAGGAGACGAGUCCAGAGGAAGAAGGCAUCUGUUGAGGCCAUGUUGAAGACAGCCAUGCAAAGCCAGCUUGAUGGAGUCCGUACUGGUUUAGGGCAACUACAGGCAGCCCUGACAGACCUCAAAGAGAUAAAGACAGGAAUGGCAGAAAUAGAGACAAGCUUAGUUCGUGUGCCUGAACUGAGCAAUCAACUUUAUGAAUGCCGCGAGGAGUAUGUCAGGUACUCACAAUAUUUGGCUGCCAUGGAAAACCUCAAACAUAUCUUCACUGUGCCAGAAUCUGUUGAGAAAACCUAUAAAUGGAUUAAUGAUGGGAAGCUAUUGUAUGCUCAUCAGUGCCUAAUGGACUUGGAAAAUAGCAGAGAUGAGUUGCUGUUUGAAUUGCACAAACUCCCUCAUCAGAAUCCGAAUGAUACACGUGUCCUGAAGGAGUCAUUUGCUGAUGUGCAAAAGCUCUCUGAUGAUCUUGGGAAACAAGUCUGGAUUAUCCUGCAGCGCACACUAAACACUGUCAGAAAGGAACCUACCCAGAUUGUUACUCACGGGAAAAUUUGGUUGAGCGUGAGGAAAAUGAUGAUCUGGGCUUUGCACGCCGAAGGGGUCAGGGUUCUUGCCUCCCCGGCGCCCAAGAAGUGGGGGGAGAAGCAUUUGCAGUCUUUUGAGAGUUCUGAGCUCAGGUAUUGA